CAGCAGCAGAAGAGAACAAUAGCUGAAAAGCCACAAUGAGCUCUCCCACAAAGUCUCCAAACCCACUUCCCUUCUUACCCCUUUCAUUCUCUCUAUUCCUAGUUCCUCCUUUUCGCCAUCCUUAGAUUGUCAUUUUUUUUUAAUAACUUGAAUUUGAAUUAUCUUCCGCGAAUUGGAAGUCAUGAGGCCCGGCCCUCUGUAUUCUGUAAUCUCCACAAAUAUAGUGAAAUUGUUUCUCUCAUACUUGUGGACUAACUAACUAAUACGCAUUGUGUCAGUGAACUACGUAAGUCUCCGUGUUAUUUACAUUCCUGCAUGGUCGAUUAUUGCGAUCCGUUAUUAACACCUUCCAUCCUCUUGCUCUGGCCAGGUUUUGCUCUGAAUUGUUUGUGCUUUCUGGUGGGGUUCUGUAAAUGGACGAUUUGGGUGAGGGGAUUGAGGGACAACCUGAGACUUUGGCGAUUGAGGAUGCUGUCAAAGUUCUUUUACAAGGUUUGGGAGAGGAUAUCAAUAGAGAAGGAAUCAAAAAGACUCCAUUUCGUGUUGCCAAGGCCCUGCGAGAAGCCACUAAAGGUUAUAAACAAAAGGUGAAGGACAUAGUUGAGGGAGCUUUGUUCCCCGAAGCCGGUCUGGAUGCUACAGUGGGAAAUGCAGGCGGAGCUGGGGGCCUCGUUGUUGUCCGAGAUCUCGAUCUCUUCUCCUACUGUGAGUCCUGCCUGCUUCCUUUCCAGUUCAAGUGCCACGUCGGUUAUAUUCCAUCAGGCCACAGAGUUGUAGGGUUAAGCAAGCUUUCAAGGGUGGCUGAUGUCUUUGCAAAGCGACUUCAAGACCCACAGCGCCUAGCAGAUGAAGUCUGUUCAGCUCUUCAUCGUUGGAUCGAGCCAGCAGGUGUCGCUGUCGUGCUCGAAUGCUGGCACCCGAGCUUGGAGUCCUUCCUUCCGGACUCCAAUCGUAAAGGAGGAUGGUCGAGGGUUUUCGUCCGAUCGGGUUCUGGUGUUUUUGACAAUGUUGAGGGUGAAAGCUGGAACGACUUUUUGAGCCUUCUGAAGUUGAAGACAGAAAACUCUACAUCUUCAUGGUCUUGGUCGCGAUCUUGUGCUAGUCUGAAGGUUUCUUCUAUAAAUGGACAACUACUCGACUCAAGGAUGGUUGCAGCAGUGGAUUCGAUCCUCAGGUGUUUAGGGGAAGACCCUGUGAGAGAAGAGCUAGUUGGCACUCCGGUUCGUUUCGUGAAGUGGCUGAUGAAUUUUCGAAACACGGGUUUGGAGAUGAAGUUGAAUGGGUUUGUCUAUGGUAGAGGGGUGGAUUCACUGAAGGCUAACAAUAAGGAAGAGCAGUUACAGACCGAGGUAAACUUGUCGUUUUGGUCUCAGUGUGAGCACCAUUUGCUGCCCUUUUAUGGAGUCGUGCAUAUUGGGUACUUCGGGUUCAAUCGUGUUCCCAAGUCCCUUCUGCGAUCGAUAGUGCAUUUUUACGGUUUCAAGCUCCAAGUACAGGAAAGACUGACCAGACAAAUUGCAGAGGUUGUUUCUUCUUUGGUGGGUGGAGAUGUCAUGGUGGUUGUAGAGGCUGCACACACAUGUAUGAUUUCAAGAGGGAUUGAGAAGUUUGGAAGUAGUACUGCCACAAUUGCUGUAUUAGGACGAUUUUCAGCCGACCCUGGUGCAAGAGCCAUGUUUGUGCAGAGCCUCCCAAAUAGUAGUAUUGAGUUGGGACCAUCUUGAUUGAAUCUAGUUAAAACCCACAACAAGUGAGGGUUGGAUUCGAUUGAGGAUUUGAAAUUGAGGGUUUGUGUCAAAUUCUGGGAUUGGGACAACAAAGGACUGGUGAUGAAUUUGGUUUAUUUGGAAAUUUGGAGAUUUGUUGUUUUUAUGUUAAAUUUUAUGAUGGAUUGUGGUUAAUUAUUGGAGACAUGGUACGGAAAAUUAAUGUGUAUAUUCAGAAAAUUAAAUAUGAGAAGAAAGGAAAAAAUAAAAUAAAAAAGAGACAGAAAUCUGACAGCUAAGAGCGCCUACAGAAGCAAAGCACAACCCUUGGCAGUUGCCAAACAGCAGCCGAAACAACCAUUGGAUUUAGUGCUAUACCAGAGAGAGAGAAAAAGGAAAAAGUGGAACUUUGUAUGCCAUUUUUUUUACACAUUCUCUGAAAACAAAGUUCCAUACAUGGGUUUAGAGGUUGCAUAAACCCACCAUAUCGUAAUACACAGGGGUGGAAUUAAGGAGAGUAAUUUGAGGUGUGUCCCAGUAUUUCUUUAAUGGAAAAUUCUUAACUCCAACUUUGGUUGUACGUAGAAGCUCCAACCAUCCAUAUAUGAGUUUAUUAUUAGUAACAAGGUUGGAGCUAAGAAUUUUCCUUCCUUCAUUGUAUAAACUGUCGGGCCGCCAACACCACAACAUGUCAACGAAAUAAAAUAAGGGUGGGCGAACAAUUGAUCGGUCAUAAACCAUACGAGUAGUGUGGUAGCCAAAACUCUUCUACUCAGUUUAUAUUGCUCCUUGUAUAGGUAAAAUAUGUUACGGAUAAGUUAACUAGCUAUAAAAUAGGUACGUAAAGUUUACUUUGUCGCUAAAUUAGAAGUAUGUCUAAACGAUGCUUAGUAUUAAUUAUUUAAUAUAUAUAUAUAUAUAUAUAUAUAUAUAUAUAUAUAUAUAUAUGGUGGCUACUUCGGCGCACUCACUUUUUUGGGUGCACUCAGUGCACCCACUCUAAAAGUGUCCAUAUUACAUCAAAUUUUUAACUUUAAUUAGUACUCUCAAUCUAAUAUGAUGAUAUGACAUAGAAUCAUAACAAAUCAAUCAAUUACCCUCACCCCUUAACCUUCAAUUUUGAAUCCCAAUCCAAAAUCCCAAAUGGUAAACCUAAACCCUAACCCUAAAUCCCUAAAUCCUAAAUCCUUCAAAUUAAAGUAAAUUUUGAAUGAAUUUUUUUUCAAAUUCAUGUGCUUCUUGUUCAUAAUAUCAUAAGCAACAAUUGAUACUGUUUUGACAUGAAUCGCAUGGUUAGAAUGUCAAUUAUGAGGCGGGUGCACUGAGUGCACCGAAUACGCCACCAUAUAUAUAUAUAUAUAUAUAUAUAUAUAUAUAUAUAUAUAUAUAUAUAUAUUCAUUAGCAUUUCCAUUUUUUCUUAAUUUAAAAGAAAUAAUUUGAUUAAUA